UCUUGACUGUUGAUCUUGCCCUUCGAAUUUCGAUGUUCUAUUUCCGUCCUAACUGCCAGUAGACGAUCAACGAGUGCGAUCAAUAAAACGGAGUAGAUGAUCAGUGACUAGACAUUUGGUUGCUGAUUUCGACUUGACCCACAAGUCAAUCAUUUCAUCAGGCGUGAAAGUCACUGAAAAUCGCACCCGUGCAAAUCACGAGAGGCCUACGCAGCUCUCUAAGAUCGAUAGAGGUGUAAGAAUACCAUGGGUUUUCACUUGUACCCCCAUAGUCUUGUUGGGAUUAUUCUCAUGCCGGUAUCACAGAUAUUCGCAUGGCAUACAGUUCUCAAGCGUUCGCCGUUGUUCACCCAAGUUUUCUACAUUUCUAUGUUCUACUUUGGGUGGGCUUUGUGGAAACGUAUAUUUCUGCACGAUAGCGGAGAAAUUGGUUUUAUUCCGUUCGGUCUUUUAGCCUUGACUUCAUAUCUUGGAAAGCGAAACUAUUCUGUCAUCGCAACUUUGCUGCUUCUUAUCAACUUCGGAUUCGCCGCCAAACUUGCUUUCGGAAAUAAUGCGAAUCAAUUGGCAAAAAUGAUCAAGGACGACACUUCGGCUAUCGGUAUAGUCUGGGCUUACAUGUUCAAAGCAUACAUUAUUUCUAGCAUAUGUCUAUGGGGAAAAGUUUUUCAUGACUUUCUGCAGCUGCCUGCCGAUGGCUAUGAUCCAUUAGCUUAAAAGCUAGCAUCAUGCGAGAAGCGGACUGUUUACUGGGAGACAAUUCACGAUACCUGCAAACCAUUCUUACCCUUAAACAAAAAAGCUAACGGUGACUAUUGCAAGUUAGUUAUGGAGGGUAAGACACGGUUUACGUUCUUACUUUAAGUUGCACAUAAAUUUACGC